GCCUUGCUAGGGCGUCACCUCCAUCCUCUUCUUCCUCUGAUUAGGGUUUUAAACUCCGGUAAGUUCCAGAAUCUCAAGAGAUGGACCUUUUGAAGAAACGAAAGCUCGAGGAUAACGGCGUUAUCACCGACGUCCCCGUUACCAGUAGACUCACAAUCGAAGACGCACGGAAGAUUCUAGAAUCAGUCACCCCCGAACAAAUGCUUGAAAUCCUACAAACCGCUGUUGUACGUCACGCCGACGUUUUAGACCAAGUACGAGUAAUCGCCGAUCGCGACACGACUCAGCGGAAGCUCUUCAUUCGCGGACUCGGCUGGGAAACGAAUACAGAAAAACUUAAAGCGAUUUUUGGUAAUUAUGGCGAGUUAGAAGAAGCCGUUGUAAUUACCGAUAAAGCCACUGGUAAAAGCAAAGGUUACGGGUUCGUUACGUUUAAGCAUGUUGAUGGAGCUUUACUUGCUUUGAAGGAGCCGAGUAAGAAGAUUGAUGGACGAAUGGCAGUGACUCAGCUCGCGUCAGCUGGGAUUCAAGGUGGGCCUGGCGGCGGGAGUACCAAUAAUCCGGUGGAUGUUUCGGCGAGGAAGAUUUAUGUAGCGAAUGUGCCGUAUGAUAUGCAGGCCGAGAGGAUUUUACAGCAUUUUUGUAUGUAUGGGGAAAUAGAGGAAGGGCCAUUAGGGUUUGAUAAGGCGACUGGGAAGUCGAAAGGGUAUGCUUUGUUUGUGUAUAAGACGGCGGAGGCAGCUAAGGCUUCGCUAGUGGAUCCUGUUAAGAAUAUUGAUGGGCAUCAAUUGAAUUGUAAGCUAGCUAUUGAUGGGAAGAAAGGGGGGAAGCCUGGAGGAGGAGCUCAGGCUCAAACGGAUGGUCAUGUUGAUCAGGUUGGCCCGGGCCAGUAUGGUGGGCCUAGUGGGAUUACUGGU